AUGAUCUUUAUAAUCCCCAAAAAGCUUAAAGCGGGCAAUGGAGUGGACCUUGAAACAGCAAAUGGAACGGGAGUCGAGGGAGAGGUUGCCGGAGAAGGGGGAGGAGAGGGUGAGGAGAGCGGAGGCGUGGAUGGUGGGGGCGUUGAAGUCGAGGUAGAGGGAGAGGGAGACGUGAGUGGUGAGAGGGUGGGAGGAGUCGGUGAAGGAGUGUGGAUCAAUGGGUGCCAUUGCUCUGAAGCUGGAGAGUUUUUGACUUUUACGAUUCGAAAUGUUUCUCUUUUUGCUGGCUCCUUCAAGAGACGCCUCGCCGGCGUCGCUACUGCGCCUCCCUGCGGUGCGUCGUCUCUGGUUUCGUCGGGGAGAUGUUUGAAGAGGAAGAUUGGUUGCAUUGACGUUUCCACUCAGACUGGUAGGAAGAAUAAGAUUGACGAUGACUAUGUUUUUGGUCCGAACAUCGGGAAAGGGAAGUUCGGGUCGGUUAGGAUCUGUAGGUCGAAGAGUAAUGGGAUUGACUUUGCUUGUAAGACUCUGAAGAAAGGGGAGGAGACUGUUCACAGGGAGGUUGAGAUUAUGCAGCAUUUGUCUGGUCAUCCUCGGGUUGUCACGUUGCACGCUGUGUAUGAAGAGUCUGAUUGUUUCCAUCUUGUGAUGGAGCUGUGUUCUGGGGGACGUUUGAUUGAUCAGAUGGUUAAGGAAGGGAGGUACUCUGAGCAGAGAGCAGCUAAUAUAUUCAAGGACCUAAUGCUGGUUAUCAAUUAUUGUCACGAGAUGGGGGUUGUGCAUAGAGAUAUCAAACCUGAGAACAUUCUUCUCACAGCUGCUGGGAAGAUUCAGCUUGCUGAUUUUGGCCUCGCCAUGAGAAUUGCAAAAGGUCAGACAUUGUCUGGAUUGGCGGGAAGUCCUGCUUAUGUGGCACCUGAAGUUCUCUCUGAAAGUUAUUCAGAGAAAGUCGACGUUUGGAGUGCAGGAGUCCUCUUAUAUGCUCUCUUGUCCGGUGUGCUCCCGUUUAAGGGAGACUCUUUGGAUGCUAUUUUCGAAGCAAUCAAGAAAGUGAAGCUUGAUCUCAACUCUGGAGUGUGGGAGUCUGUGUCCAAACCAGCUCGUGAUCUAUUGUCAACAAUGGUAACAAGGGACGAAUCUGCUAGGAUCACUGCAGAUGAAGUGCUAAGUAAGCCUUUCAAUCUCUUCCAGCUGCUUAACUUGCAGCAUGGGCUUUUAAUCUUUUGUUUGUCCUUUUUUUUUUGGAAUGCUUACCAUUAGCUUCACUUGUGUGUUUCAGGGCAUCCAUGGAUACUUUUUUACACUGACCGGACGCUCAAGACAAUGUGUAUCAAGUCGAAGCACAAGGGUCAAUCAGGAUCUCCUCCCGGCCUUCAACUUCGCAGUCCGAUAAAGAAAACCGACGUAAACAGAGCUAACAGAGAGAAGAAGACAACAUAUGAUGAUUCACCGACUGAUUCAUUCUCCAACACAGGGGAGGAGGAAGAAGAUGAAAGCGGUGUGGUCGAUGUGCUUGUGGUUGCAAUCUCCAACGUGAGGAUCUCAGAACCAAAGAGAAGCAGACUCUGUAGUCCCACGAACAGCCCCAUUGAGCAGCAACACUCUUCUAACUUGACCACGACUACUAAUACACUCUGUCGAGCCUUCUGACAAAACCAGUUUCACACACUCGUCCAAGUCUCCAAGUCACACGGGUUUGUCCCUGAUAUGAUGAUCUUAGUGACUCAUUAUAUCUCAUAUAAAUUGUAAUAGCUCUCUCUAAUAGUUUGGAUAUGAUCUGAUUCUGGUUUUUCCUUCUACGUUUUCUGACUUUGUUGUACAGAUCUUCGUGUAAAUAGAACACGCCAUAAGUGUUUGAUCCGUU